GAGCCACAAGAGAAACCUGCGGGAUAUAAACAGUAAAAAUUUUCAUAGUGAGGAGCAAAGAUGAGUGAGACUGGCUCAGUGUAUAAUGAGCUCCGCAUGGAGCAACAGCUUUGUGACGCAGUGAUCAAAGUGGACAACGUUGAGUUUCUCACACACAAGCUGAUCCUCUGUAACUGCAGCCCAUACUUCAGAGCCCUCUUUACCCACUGGUCAACCCCAGACAGUCGGGUCUUUGACAUUCCCAAUGUGUCAGCUGACAUGAUGAAGCUCAUCAUUGAGUUUGCCUACACUGACUUUGUUCCUGUGACACAAGAAAAUAUACAAGAGCUUUUUAUAGCAGCAGACCGGUUCAAUGUAAAGGGCAUCAUACAAACCUGCAGUGACUUCCUGGAGCAACAGCUUUCUGCACAGAACUGCAUUGGCAUCUGGUGGUUCACAGACGUUUAUUACAACCCAGAACUGAGACACAAGGCCUACUUCUUCAUGAUGAAUCACUUUGAGGAUGUUGCUGCCACCUCAGAAGAGUUCCUGCAGCUCUCUGCGCAGGAACUAGCUAAAAUCAUUGAGAAAGACCAACUAAAUGUAAAGAAGGAGAAGAGGGUGUUUGAGGCCAUCCUUCGCUGGAUCUCCUACGCACCUGAGGAACGCAGUGAAUACAUCUCUCUCCUUUUGCCCAAUGUCAGGCUGGCUUUGAUGAGUCCAGAAUACAUCAUAGACAAAGUAGCUGACAACGAACUGGUGAAGGCAAGUGAAGAGUGUCGACCAAUUCUCCUCAAGACCAUGGAGGCCAUGCUUGACAUCCGAACAAGGAGGUUCUCUGACUCUUCUCUCUGUAACCCUUUGGCCCGUCCACGACUGCCUCCUGACUUUCUGUUUGCUGUUGGAGGCUGGAGUGGCGGGAGUCCCACCAAUGACAUUGAGGUGUACGAUGUCCGUGCUGACCGCUGGGUCAAUAUAGGUAACAGUGAGGGGGUUCCUCGGGCCUACCAUGGCACUGCUUUCCUCAAUGGAUCACUUUAUUGUGUUGGUGGCUUUGACAGUGUUGAACAGUACAGCACUGUGGACAGGUUUGACCUGGGCUUGCACACCUGGCAUGAGGUGGCACCAAUGCAUUCAUGCCGCUGCUACGUUAGCGUAACUGCGAUGGACGGGUGCAUAUACGCCAUAGGAGGUUAUAAUGGACGAGAUCGACUUGAAACUGCCGAGCGCUAUGAGCCCAGUACCAACCAGUGGACAUUAAUUGCGCCCAUGAACGAACAGAGAAGUGACGCCAGUUGCACAACCUUCGGUGGCAAGGUGUACAUUUGUGGUGGCUUCAAUGGAAACGAGUGCCUGUCAACAGCUGAAAGUUACAGCCCAGAGACCGACCAGUGGACCCUGAUUGCCUCCAUGGGCAACAGGCGCAGUGGAGUUGGGGUCGUCGUCUACGCAGACCACAUCUUUGCAGUUGGUGGUUUUACUGGAACCACCCGUCUGCGCACUGCUGAGGCCUACAACCCCCACACCAACACCUGGCACGCUGUCCCCUCCAUGCUGAACUCCCGCAGUAACUUUGGCAUCGCAGUGAUCGAUGGCCGCCUGUUUGUGGUCGGGGGAUUCAACGGCUUCACCACCACCCUUGACGUCGAGUGCUAUGAUGUCGAAACCGGUGAGUGGUCAGAUGUCCGUGACAUGGAGAUUUCACGCAGUGCCCUGAGCUGCUGUGUGGUGUUUGGACUCCCCAACAUGGCUGAUUACACUGCCUCUAAUCACAUCCUGCGGUUCUCCAGUGAGGAGGAAGAGGAUGACGUGGAGUGA